CCUCAGGCCAGACCAGGCAAAAGUGUGGCGCGUGGCAGUCAGAAUUGUGUGGAAUCUGUGGGACCAGAAUCCGAACAGAACCAUCGUCCAAUGCCCAAAGUCGGCAUGUAUGAGGAUCACGCAACUCAAUGUCCCAAGUAUCCUUCAUCGCGGCCUCGUCCAUACCCCAUGCGCCGGACCUGGCCCCUUUUGAACUCCGUUGAUUCCUCCGUUUCCCACGACCCCUUAUUGAGGAAACCAACAUCCUGGAACCGUCGCAUGAGCAGCUCCAACGCAACGCCAUCAAAACCUCUUCGAGCUCCUCGCUCCACGCCGGCCCAGCCAUGACAACCCUCUUCCGGAUCUCGAGGCACCUGUCCCAAACCUCCUUCCACACUGUCGAUGGCGCCAGCAGAGCAUACUUCCGACGCGCUGCGUCCGCUCGACUGCCACGGCACGCCUUCGCUGCAUCACGACGAGCAUACGCCACCGGUCCGCCCAAGGAUCCGAAAGAUUCCAAAGAGCCAAUUAAGGACGACAAGGAGUCCCCGUCGGAGAAGGAUGGGAAGGUGUCGAAGGACGGCCGAUCCGACAAGCCGCCGUCGGGCUUCGAGCAUUUCUACAACUCCAAGAGCCCCGACGCCCCUUCCUCGCCGAACCAACCACCCACCGGAAAAGAUUCAAAACCUCCGCCACAGAAACUCUCGCCCGACGAUGAACGCCAUCUGGAAAAUCUGAGGGAUAUGCUCAAGAAGGGGAUGCCCCAGUCCAUGCAGAAGGAGCUCCACGAGGUCUUCGAGGAUUAUAAAAAGAACGGCAUCCCGCCUGAGAUUGAGGAAUCCUUGGAGCUUGCGCGGAGGGGGAAGCCGCUGUCAUUAGGCGACAUCGCGAGGCUGGCCCGUCUUAGUUCCAAAACCGCGCGACGCGUCGGCAACGAAGUAUACGAGCGGGCGGAGAAGGAGGCGUUGAAGGAAUCCAAGGUGGAGAAAGAAUCCAAGGACGACGAGCCGGAGCAGAAAGCCGGUGCCCACGAUCCCGGUCCGAAGUCCAAGGAGAAGGAUAAGGAUGGCAAGGGUAAGGAUGAAAAACCACCGGGGUUUGAGUUCAAGCUGGACUGGAACACGUUCGCGAUCGCGGCGGUGGCGACAUGGUUGCUAUGGUCGACGAGCGGGAUGGGCGAGAACUCUCGCGAGAUCACCUGGCAGGAGUUCCGAAACACCUACCUGGACAAAGGCUUGGUGGAAAAGAUCAUCGUUCUCAACCAGAGCCGCGCCCAGGUCUUCCUGCACCGCGAGCAGGUUGCUGCCUUGUAUCCGGAAUCGCCCGCGGUGAACCCUGCGUUCUUCUACUUCUUCAGCAUCGGAUCGGUGGAGGCGUUCGAGCGAGGUCUAGAGGAGGCGCAAAAAGAGUUGGGCAUCCCUUCAAGCGAACGGAUACCGGUCGCCUAUCACUCCGAGAUGCCGCUGCUCCAGACAAUAUUCUCCUUCGGCCCUACGCUGCUGUUCAUCGGCGCCAUCAUCUACAUGUCUCGACGAGCAGGAGGCGGCGGCGGCGGUGGCCAGAGUGGAAUCUUCGGGAUGAUGCGCAGUCGCGCGAAGAAAUUCAACCACGAAACUGACGUACGGGUCAAGUUCGCCGACGUCGCGGGCAUGGACGAAGCGAAGCAAGAGAUCAUGGAAUUCGUCAGCUUCCUUAAAGAACCGGGCGUCUACCAGAAACUCGGCGCGAAGAUUCCUCGCGGUGCCAUCCUCUCCGGGCCUCCGGGGACGGGUAAGACCCUCCUCGCGAAGGCGACGGCAGGCGAGUCCGGGGUCCCAUUCUUCAGCGUCAGCGGCUCCGAGUUCGUCGAGAUGUUUGUGGGUGUCGGUCCGUCACGCGUGCGGGACCUGUUCGCCACCGCCAGGAAGAACACGCCGUGCAUCAUCUUCAUCGACGAAAUCGACGCCAUUGGGAAAUCAAGAGCGAAGUCAAACUUUGGAGGAGGCAACGACGAGCGAGAAAGCACGCUGAACCAGAUUCUCACAGAGAUGGACGGUUUCAACACGGCCGAGCAGGUCGUGGUCAUGGCGGGUACCAACAGGCCUGACAUUUUGGACAAGGCCCUUUUGCGACCCGGCCGUUUCGAUCGUCAUAUCUCCAUUGACAAGCCGACUAUGGAGGGACGAAAGCAAAUCUUCGCGGUACACUUGAAGAAUAUCGUCACGAACGAGGAUAUCGAACAUCUGAAGGGCAGACUCUCAUCGCUGACGCCAGGGUUCUCGGGGGCCGACAUCGCUAACUGUGUCAAUGAAGCUGCUUUGAUCGCCGCCCGACACAAUGCCGAUAGCGUGGAGAUGGUGCAUUUCGAAGGGGCCAUCGAGCGCGUUAUUGGUGGACUAGAAAAGAAGUCCCUCGUUUUGAACCCCGAAGAGAAGCGAGUCGUUGCGUACCAUGAGGCUGGCCAUGCCAUCUGCGGGUGGUACUUCAAAUAUGCGGAUCCGUUGCUCAAAGUUUCCAUCAUCCCUCGUGGUUCGGCAGCCCUGGGUUACGCUCAAUAUCUCCCGGCUGGCGAUUCCUACCUGAUGAACGUCAAUCAGCUCAUGGACCGCAUGGCGAUGACGCUCGGCGGUCGCGUUUCCGAGGAGCUGCACUUCGACACCGUCACGUCGGGCGCGUCGGACGACUUCAACAAGGUCACAAGACUGGCGACCGCGAUGGUCACGAAGUUCGGCAUGAGCCGCAAGAUCGGCUACCUCUACUUCGAAGACGACAACCAGCAGCAGCUGCACAAGCCCUUCUCCGAGGAGACCGCGAAGAACAUCGACGGCGAGGUGCGCCGCAUCAUCGAUGAGGCAUACCAGCAGUGCAAAGACCUGCUGACCGAGAAGAAGGAGCAGGUCGGCAUCGUGGCGGAGGAGCUCCUGACGAAGGAGAUGUUGACGCGCGAGGAUCUGUUACGGUUGCUGGGCCCGCGGCCGUGGGAGGAUAAAGGAGAUAUCGCGAAGUACUUCGGAAGCAGAGGGGAUGUAGAAGGUCCGCCGGAUCCCACGCCGGGCCCGAUCACGCCGCCGCCUACGCCAGGUCUCAGUCCAGGAUGCGCUCCUGCGAAGCCGAUGUAAGGCGGUGACGCGUUAUAAGAAUCCGGUCUUUCUGUUUAGCGAAUUGUAUAUAGUCUCAUCAGUUUGGAGUUCGUCGCAUCGCAUCGCUGCUGUAUACUAGCACCAAAGUGGUCAUCACACGAAGGCCGCAGCAGAAAUAGAAUUCUCCAAUCACCUGUAUACUUUGG